AAGCACCAUAAUGGAACAUAGAUUUCACAUCUAGCAAAAUUAGGUACAUCCCGGGAGUGUCACUUCUUCCUAGUGAUACUACCAGCUCACAAUAACAUUUAUAUUUUUCUCCAUCCAUUUUGAUCCUUAGAAUUGAGCACCAUGCGUAAUUUUAUUAUCAUCGAACGGAUAACGAUCGGAAGGGUGGAGGAUGACUUUCAUUCUAAUGCAUUCAAGGCUGCAUUGGCUGAGUUCAUCAGUACCUUAAUUUUUGUGUUUGCUGGACAAGGGUCAACUAUGGCCUAUAACAAACUCACAUCUAAUGCACCAACAUCCCCAGCUGGGCUGAUUGCCGUGGCAUUGGCACACGCGUUUGGCCUAUUUGUGGGAGUUGCUGUCAGUGCCAACAUCUCGGGAGGCCAUGUCAAUCCGGCCGUCACCUUUGGUGCCUUCAUUGGUGGCAACAUCUCACUCCUCCGUGGCAUUCUGUAUUGGAUUGCUCAACUCCUUGGCUCCACCGUCGCUUGCUUGCUUCUUAAGUAUACCACUCAUCAUAUGACAGUCUCAGUAUUCACUUUGUCCCCUGGGGUGACUGUAUGGAACGCAUUUGUCUUCGAGAUUGUAAUGACUUUUGCCCUAGUUUACACCGUAUAUGCAACAGCCAUUGAUCCAAAGAAAGGUGACGUGGGAGUCAUUGCACCUCUAGCCAUUGGCUUUGUACUUGGAGCUAACAUUUUGGUUGGUGGAGCAUUUGAAGGAGCAGCUUUGAACCCCGCCGUGCCUUUUGGACCGGCUUUGGUGAGCUGGAACUGGUACCACCACUGGGUUUACUGGGCUGGACCUUUGAUCGGAGGCGGGCUUGCCGGGAUUGUUUACGAGCUUAUCUUCAUGAGCCACAGUACUCAUGAGCCCCUGCCCGGUGGAGAGUUUUAGAGGGAAAUUACAAAUAAAUCGUUGCAUCCACUAUUAAUUUAUAAUCUAUAUUUAAUUUCUUCUUAAUUUUUAGUUCUGUUUUGUUUGGACUACGUUGGAUUCGUUGUUAAUUACGAGCACUUCAAUUUGCCUUUGUAAGUUGGUUUGCUGGUCGAGCGUAUGAGGUAUUGUUGUGUUGAUUAUCUCCUUAAUCACUAUUAUUGUAUGAUUUAUUUUAUGGACAUGAGUUCUUAUGGUCUUAUGCCAAAGAUUUAACUACCUUGCUUUUA